GCGCGCCGCACCGCCGCCCGCCUCGCGCUCAGUCGCGCUUCAGAUGGCGAGCCGAGCGGUCGCCUGCCGCCCGCCCCGCGUAUCGCGAGUGCUUUGUGACCGUGCCAUGCGCCGCUGACCGCUGACACCAUGCCGCGCGUCAAGCCAGCCUGCGUCCGCCGCGUAUCCAUCGGUGAAAGUUCGGGAUCGUGUUCCGAAGACGAGAUCCACAAUGCCAUAUCAGAGGAGAGGGUGGAGCGGCGCGAGGCGCACAUGUGCCCGCGCUGCCAGGAGCAGUUCCAGAGCGUGCACGAGUUCCUGCACCACAAGCGCCUCUGCGACCAGAAGGCGCUGCAGAUGGGCGAGGAGCGCAUGCACUCCGACCCCGAGGAGAUGGUGGUCUCCGGCGACGAGGAGAUGGACGAGCCCAAGCGCCUGGAGCAGGUGCGCCGCCACCGCCAGGACGCCGAGAACAACAACAGCCUCGAGGACGGCGACGCCGAGCCCGACGCGCCGCGCGUGCCGCUGCCCUUCCCCGUCGCCAGCCACGUCACCCUCGAGGCACUCCAGAAUACCAAAGUAGCCGUCGCACAAUUCGCCGCCACGGCCAUGGCCAAUAAUGCUGACAAUGAGGCGGCCCUACAUGAACUAGCAGUGCUACAGAGCACCCUAUUCACGCUGCAACACCAACAAGUGUUUCAACUGCAACUAAUACGCCAGUUACAAAAUCAGCUAUCGCUGACUCGAAGAAAGGACGACGAGGAGAGUCCCCCGUGCAGCGAGCAGGAGAUGCGGUCGGCGACGCCCGCCGCGCGCUCGCCGUCGCCGCCGCCGCCGCCGCGGGAGCCCACCCCUGCCGCCCCCCCUCCCCCCGCCUCGCAGAACUUGCCCUCGAGCCACGGCCACGGCCGCCACACUCCCAAGUCGGAACCUCUGUCCAUUCCUAAGCUUCCGACCUCCUCCCCGCCUAUGAUGUCCCACCCACCAUACAGUUCCAUAUCUUCGUCGUUAGCCUCCACGAUAAUUACGAACAAUGACCCUCCGCCAUCUCUGAAUGAACCGAAUACACUGGAAAUGCUCCAGAAACGAGCCCAAGAAGUACUCGACAACGCAUCCCAAGGACUGCUAGCGAAUAACCUCGCGGAUGAACUGGCAUUUAGAAAAUCUGGAAAAGUUUCUCCGUACGACGGAAAGAGCGGAGGACGCAAUGAGCCCUUCUUCAAACACCGCUGCAGAUACUGCGGGAAAGUGUUCGGAAGCGAUUCAGCUCUACAGAUCCACAUUCGUUCGCACACAGGUGAACGACCAUUUAAAUGUAAUGUUUGUGGUUCCCGAUUUACAACCAAAGGAAAUCUUAAAGUACAUUUCCAAAGACAUACUGCAAAAUUCCCGCAUGUGAAGAUGAACCCUAAUCCAAUACCAGAACAUUUGGACAAGUACCACCCUCCGCUACUAGCCCAGCUGUCUCCGGGCCCGAUCCCCGGCAUGCCGCCCCACCCCCUGCAGUUCAACCCGGGCGCGCCGGGCCCCUUCCCGCCCGGCCUGCCGCUCUACAGGCCGCCGCACCACGACCUGAUGCCGCCGCGGCCGCUCGGGGACAAACCCUUGCCUCCGCACCCCUUGUUCUCCAUGAGAGAAGAACAGGACGCGCCGGCUGAUCUCAGUAAACCGUCGGCACCCAGUCCGUUACGAUCUGCGCCCGAUAUGUUCAAAUCGGAGCCACACGACGAAGAAAGCCAACGAGAUUCUAGUUUUGAGGACACAGAUCGCGUCACGCCCAAGCGAGAACCCGAGGAGAAUGACGCCACCCAUGAGGCUGAGCAAGAGCGGUACCCCUCGACGUCUCCGUACGAUGACUGCAGUAUGGACUCCAAGUACAGCAACGAAGACCAGAUUGGCAGGGAAAGCCCACACGUCAAGCCCGAUCCUGACCAACCGGAAAACCUUUCAAGUAAGAACUCAUCGAUAUCUGGAACAAUUUCAAUAGCAACGGGGCUUCGUACUUAUCCUACAUUUCCUUUAUUUCCUAACUCGCCACCAAGUAGUAUAUCGUCCGGGUGUCUGACCCCUUUCCAUGGUACUCCUCAUAGUGGUGAUGAUAUGGAUGUAGUGCGAGACCCUUUGUUCUAUAACUCACUUUUGCCUCGACCUGGAAGUAAUGAUAACUCCUGGGAAAGUCUCAUAGAAAUAAACAAAACAUCUGAAACAUCAAAAUUGCAACAGUUGGUAGAUAAUAUUGACAGUAAAGUAAACGAUCCUAACGAAUGCAUAGUCUGCCAUAGAGUUCUUUCAUGCAAAAGUGCUUUACAAAUGCACUACAGGACACAUACGGGUGAGCGACCGUUCCGAUGCAAGCUAUGCGGACGGUCAUUCACCACCAAAGGCAACUUAAAGACGCAUAUGGGCGUGCAUCGAAUAAGACCUCCCACCCAAAUGUUACAUCAAUGCCCAGUCUGUCAUAAGAAAUAUACUGAUUCUUCCGCAUUACACCAACAUAUCCGCUCCCACACCGGCGUGGGCCCCAACCUUCCUUUUGACCAACUACGAGGUCCAAACAUCCCCGGUUUCCCGACCUUCAACCACGAUCUCCCGACAGACGUGCCCUUCCCGAGCCCCUUCCAUCCCUUUCGGCCCCCGUCCCCUCCCGGCGACCGACGGGCGGACUCCCGCGCGACUGACGACGAGAGCGGCCGGGACGACCGCGCGCCCGCUGACCGGGAGUUCGACGACGACUCAGAGUCGAAGGAUCGUCGAACUUCGCCGCUCUCCGUCUCCGCCUCGGCCUCCGAGUGCGAAGUAAAGACCUUCACCACAACGGCUUCCCUCCCAUCGGCGACAGGUUCGGAGCGCGGCACGCCCCCGUCGCCCGCGCAGUCGCCGCUGCACGCGCCGCGCCGCUCGCCGCUGCCGUCGCCGCCCGCGCCGCUGGCCGCCCUGGGCGCGCUCGGCUCCUCGCCCUUCAGCCCGCUCGGACUCGCGUUCCCUCCCGCAGUGCGCGGCAACACCACGUGCAACAUCUGCUACAAGACGUUCGCGUGCAACUCGGCGCUGGAGAUCCACUACCGCAGCCACACCAAGGAGCGCCCCUUCAAGUGCACCGUCUGCGACCGCGGCUUCUCCACCAAGAGCAGUGGCGGCGGCUGCCGGUGCAAGCGCCCGCGCCCUCGCCCGCCGCACGCCACUGCUUUGGACCUGUGGAACGCCUUCGUCUACCCGGGCAACAUGAAGCAGCACAUGCUGACGCACAAGAUCCGGGACAUGCCUCCGACCUUCGACAAGAGCAGCACGGGGCCGCCGAGCGAGGAGAGCACCCGGGACGCGAGCCCCGAGCGCCGCUCCUCCCCGGACAAGCUGGACCUGAAGCGCUCGCCCCCCGCGCACCCGCCGCCGCCCCUCAACCACCCCUCGCCGCUCGACAUGCCGCCAAUGCCGAAACGACCCGCUGUACCUAGCGGGCCGCCGCACCAGCCGCCACUACAAUCCUCCAAGCACCUCUGUGGCGUCUGUCGCAAGAACUUCUCCUCAUCAUCAGCUCUGCAGAUCCACAUGCGGACACACACGGGGGACAAGCCCUUCCGCUGCGCCGUGUGCCAGAAGGCUUUCACCACUAAGGGGAAUCUGAAGGUGCACAUGGGCACGCACAUGUGGUCCGGCGGCGCGUCGCGUCGCGGGCGCCGCAUGUCGCUGGAGCUGCCGCCGCGGCCGCUGCAUGAGCCCCACGACCUGCUGCGCCGCCCCGACCUCUUCUACCCGUACCUGCCCGCGCCCUUCUUGAACGGCAUGCAGCAGAAGCUGAACGAGAUAUCAGUGAUCCAGCAGAGCGCGGGCCAGAACGGCGUGGGCAAGUUCCCCGGGCUGCUCGGGUUCGGGGCGUUCGGCGGCGCGCGCGGGGGGGCGGCGUCCCCGCUGGAGCGGCCGCCGUCGCUGGAGGGCGGCGACGAGCGCCAGGCCGCCAUGCGCGAGCUGGCGGAGCGUGGCCGCGAGCUGGCCGAGCGUAGUCGCCAGCUGCGCGACGACGACUACCGCGCAGCCCUGCCCCCGCCCGCCGCGCAGCCCUCCCCGCCCGCGCCGCACCUGCCGCACCCCCUCGCCGCCCUGCCGCCGCCCGCGCGCACCGAGGGACUCACCGUGUAGCGCCGCCCGCCCGGACACAUUCCAGUACAAACACACCCCCGCCCGGGCGACGGACACUGACGUGGACAGAUUACUAUGUUAUGAACAAUGUUAACAAAUAAACAGUGCCGUGAGCGGCUGUUAUAAAUUAUGCAUCAUGUGCAAGUGUAGUGCUAUGUAACAAAUUGUUAUUCCAAGUCGUAUAUGCCUAGAUUAGAGUAAGUAAGUUAUACGCGAGUACGGGCCUGGGGCAAUCGGGAGCUCGAGAGAGCCCCGCGGUAAUGUCAUACUCUGUGAUACCGCGCGCGCCUGGCCGCCGGCUGCCCCGGCCGCCGCGGCCAGGCGACUGCGCUUCACAUUAAAAGUAUAAAAUAUAAAUUAUCCCAAAAAUUAAUUAAAUUCUUAUGCUAUACCUAUCUAAUGUAAAUAAAAUGUAUGAUAGUAUUUUAAAGAAGGAAUAGUUGUAACAUUCAAUAUAUGAAAUUUAACUAUAAUUUUAUUGUAUACUACGUAUUAUUAUAACUGGAGUGCGAUAUGCAUGAUUUGACACCACAUUCCAACGAUGUAUUUGUGAACACCAGUUAUCCGUGUCGCGAGCCGACUACUAUUAUACCUUACAAUGUAGCACUUGUCUAUUGUCACUCUAGUAUUUCAAUAUAUUUAAUUGUAACAGAGGUUACUAGCAUAUUCAUAUCAUGUAAAUUUAAAGUAUUUGCAUUUGAGGUCUACAUAGAUGUAAGUAUUUAGAGUCAUAGCUACUAUAAUAUUGCUUUAGAAUACUUCGACAUAUCUUGUAAACUCGAGCGACUGGUGUCAUGAGACUUGGACAUGUGUAGUGUGAUGUGAGCGGUCCCGCUAGCUCGCUACUCUACAUAGACUGACCCACAACAAUUUCUAUUCCAAUAUCCAAAGAUUGUUGUGAAUGUAUUUAUUACCAAAUGUGCAUUUUGUUUAUUAUCUUCUUUUAUAUCAAGUCGGGUUUCUACUUAUCAAGCUGUCGUAUUUCGUUAGUAGAAAACCACAAAUGUCCGGUUAACCUAUGCUUGCCAUCUUAUUUGUAUUAACGAAAUAAGACAAUUCUUAGUGAAUGUGAAUUUGCAAUGAAAACAUGUAAAUUUUCUUCUUGACACACUAGAUAUUUCUGUAUAAACGUCCUACUAAAUUAUUUAUAAAGUAUAAAUCAUGCAUGCACUCUUAGUAUUAAAGAAACGCUUGCGGCGCGCUAGGCCCCGCACUACAGUUUAGUUGUCUAGAUUAAAUUUUCAUAGCACCUACAAGUUAUUUUCAAGUUGCAAAUGCAAAUAGAUCUUAGUGUAGAGUUAAUCACAAAUAUGAUGUGUCAUGUCAUGUGAGUCAUGUCAGUAUAAAUCAUUGUAAAUUAUUAAAUGUUUAUGUAAAUGUCCAAAAAGUAUUCAAAUUAUUUAAAAAAACAAUUAUAUCAAUGA